UGCUGCUGAUUGUCUGCAGGAUGAGAAGUCUCAGACUAUUAAGACCCACAUCUGGAUCCAGAUGCGUUGGACAAAUGAAUUCCUAACUUGGAAUUCGUCUGAUUUUUGUGGGAUAAACAUGCUGACCGUUCCGAGAUCGAUGCUCUGGAUCCCUGAUAUAACCAUCCAAGAGGACGCUUCCGAUGCUGGGAGUAGUGAGAAGAGUCAGUUUGUCGGUGUGUUUCCCAGCGGUUUGGUGCUCGCCGACUCACGUCAGGUGCUGACCUCCACCUGUCAGCUCAAUCUUUUCCGCUUCCCCUUCGAUGAGCAAAGUUGUAAUAUCACAUUUUCCUCCAUGAACUCUGAAGAGAAAACUAUAAACCUUGGAACCUUCAACAAUGACACGAUCCUGACUAAAUACUCUGAGAUGAUCAUGAUUACGCAGGGAGAAUGGCAGCUCACUAACAUGGAAGUUGAACAAUACACACAUACUCAAAGAAGACUUGUAUACAUGGUCAAAAUCACCAGGAAACCAGUGCUUUAUGUGAUCAUCUUAAUCUUGCCCCUUUUCUAUUUACUGGUUCUGGAUUUGGCCUCCUUCUUCAUCCAUGAGGCCAGAGGUGAAAAGCUGAGCUUCAAAGUGACCGUACUCCUGUCCAUCUCCGUCUUACUGCUGAUUCUUCAGGACAUGUUGCCGUCCACUGAAGACAGGCUGCCAUUGAUAGCUACCUACUGUGUUACAACCUUCACCCUGGUGGGGGUAAGCGUCCUGGAGGCCAUGUUGGUGAGCUUCCUCAUCGACCUUGAGGGUCCCUGUGGUAAGAAGGCUCAAAGCUCAGUCGAUGCUCAUGUGGAUAUUCAGAUGGAAGCCGACCAUCAGAAAGAGCCAGUUGGAGCUGAAGAAGAGACAGGCGAGGUGAAACCGGAGAAGAGUUACCCUCCUUCGGAUUGGCCCAAAGAUCUGCUGAAACAAAUCCUGGAGGAAGUGAGAGCAGCUCAACAGGAAGCUGGAAGACGAGACAACGUCAAGACAAAGCCUGGAUACUACAGACGUCUGGCUGAAAUCAUAGACUCUGUGUUCUUUGUCCUCUAUUUUUUAACUUGUGUCAUUUUUAUGACGUGCAUGUUUAUAUUGUGGAAUCCAUAGUUGGAGACUGACAACUAGAUGAUGCGCGUAUAUACGACCUGCCAAUACGUGCUCUGGCUAACCUUCUCCUUUAAAGUGCAGAAUAGAUCUUAUUAACUUAAGAACUGAAGUACAAAAUACAGAUUAUAGCAUGAAAAUUAUGUUAUGUACAGUAUCAGGAUGAGAGAUGAUAUGUUCUUAGUUCAAGAUCAAGUUGAUUUGUGUUAAUAUUUGUGGUUGUUUGAUGUGUGACGAUUGACUGUUUGUUAUACUGUAAAUUACAAGAUGCAGAUUCAUGCGUCAAGACCGGCAGAGUGGGGAAAAAGAACCUUUUCCCAGCAGAUUCUUCUGGAUAAUCCAAUAAACAGGAUUAUUAUGGGGUGAUGUCAGUUCAUGCUAUCAUUUAAACGGAUUAGUCACACUAUUGCUUCGCUGACAGUACGGACAAUAGUGGCAUUAUUGUUCACACGAACCUCAGCUAAAUCUGACUAAUUAAAUUCAAUCCCUCUUUUAAUUUUUAAUAAAAACAAACCGGCAAGGAAAGAAAAUCUCAGUGUAGAAACGUUAAAGAACUUUCGAUUAAUAUGAUCUUACAAACUUUGUUGAAAAUAUUCCCCAAGUACAGGUAUUUUUCAGUCAUGUUCACCCUCCUGAUCUUUGUUCUUAAC